AUGCAAGCCCAGAGGAGAAUUCCUUCAGAUUCACCCGUCCUAGCUGCAAAACAGAGCAAAGACAGCAAAAACAGCAAAGACAGCAAAGACAGCAAGCACAGCAGAGACAGCAGAGACAACAGAGACAGCAGGCACAGUAAACACAGGAAAGACAGUAAACACAGUAAACACAGCAAAGACUGCAAGCACAGUAAACACAGCAAAGACAGCAAGCACAGUAAACACAGCAAAGACAGCAAGCACAGUAAACACAGCAAACACAGCAAAGACAGCAAGCACAGUAAACACAGCAAACACAACAAAGACAGCAAGCACAGUAAAGACAGCAAGCACAGUAAACACAGCAAACACAGUAAAGACAGCAAAGACAGCAAACACAGCAAAGACAACAAGCACAGUAAACACAGCAAACACAGCAAAGACAGCAAGCACAGUAAACACAGUAAAGACAGCAAGCACAGUAAAGACAGCAAGCACAGUAAACACAGCAAACACAGUAAACACAGCAAAGACAGCAAGCACAGUAAACACAGCAAACACAACAAAGACAGCAAGCACAGUAAAGACAGCAAGCACAGUAAACACAGCAAACACAGUAAACACAGCAAAGACAGCAAACACAGCAAAGACAGCAAGCACAGUAAACACAGCAAACACAACAAAGACAGCAAGCACAGUAAAGACAGCAAGCACAACGCAGCCAUGGAGUAG